AUUAAACAAGUUUCCUCAAUUAAAAUAUCAAGAACACAAGAUACCUUUUAAAUAUUCAUAUUUAUAUAGAAUUGCCAAUCGUUUAUGUGUACGCAAAUUUUUAUUCUGUAGCAUUCUCAAUUUACAACGACUGUUAUUUUGAAUUGUGCGUUUAAAAUUGUCGAGUUUUUUUUACAAAAACAGAGGUUUUAUGGUUCAGCUUCAGUGUACAUUCAAAAUUCAAAUAUAAAAUAAUAUUUUCAUAUGUAGGUAGCUAUGUCAGAUAUUUUUUCGAAUCCUGAAUGCAAACGAGAUGUGCCUUCGUUUAUAGAACCCCGUCCUCCACUUAUUACUAAUCCGUUUAUGAGACGCCGUCCACAAAAGGGUACUAAUCUAAUGGAUUUAUUUGACGAAGAAUCAACAUGUGAUGAACCAGAAUUAGUGCAAGUAUAUUUGCGUUUAAAACCGUGUACUAUCCCCAGCAAUUUAUACGAAGUUCGAGGUGAUAGAUAUUUGAUUACCUCUCUCGACACAACUACAGCGGGCCAUGGACGAAAGACACAACAUCAUGUAUCCAAAAUGUACACUUUUUCACAUAUAUUUCCUGAGAAUAUAUCUCAAAAAGAAGUUUUUGACCAUGUAGUAAAGGAUAAUUUAAAAAAGUUGGCAGAAGGUCGAAGUUUUACCUUGCUUACUUAUGGUGCAUCAGGUUCUGGGAAAACAUACACACUUAUGGGCACUGUGGCAUCUCCAGGCUUAGUGCCAAGGUCGUUAGAAUAUUUAUUUAAUAAUCUAGAAGUCCAGACACAUCCAGUUUAUAAGCCAGCUGAAAGAGGCUUUGACUCUUUGAGUUAUUCUUCUCAAGAAUAUGAACUAUUGUUUGUGAAGAGAUUAAGGAAAUUAUCUGCCUCAUUAAGAGAUAAAUAUAGAAGAAUGAGCUCUCAACUAAGAACAGACUUAAGGGGUAGUGUUUUAGACUUAUCAAAAUCGAAGCAUUAUAUUUGGGUUUCCUUUAUUGAAAUAUACAAUGAAGGUAUUUAUGACUUACUUGCUGGGUCUGAUUGUAGAGCGGCAAAACUUCAGAUUCGGGAAGAUUCAAAUGGAAAUGUGUAUGUAAAGGGGGCCACUCAAGCCUUUGUCCGCUCUGGUGAAGAAGCAUAUGAUGUAAUGGUAGCUGGAAAACAUAAUUUACAAGUUGCGGCGACCGGUGUACACGCACAAUCAUCGCGCUCACACUGCAUUUUCACCAUUACUAUGCUUACGGAAAAAGAUGGCAGUAUCGUGACGUCAUGUGUACGUCUAUGCGACUUGGCGGGAAGCGAGCGAGCGCGUCGUACGCGCAACACGGGCGCUCGUAUGCAAGAGUCACGUGCGAUUAACACGUCAUUGCACGUCCUGGAAAGAUGUCUCCACUCUCUUCGACGGAAGCAGGCCGUUGCUAACCGCGCCGUAGUACCUUAUCGUGAAUCAAAAUUAACCCGUCUCCUUGGCGCGGGUCUAUCGGGCACUCGCGGCGAAUCGGUCACGAUGGUUGUCACGCUUAACCCAUCACCGGAAUACGCUCACGAGACAAAACACGUGCUACAAUUGGCCGCUGUUGCUAAGGACUUACAAAUAAACAACACAGUUUCCGAUUACCCAAGCUCACUUGAGAGUAGCACUCAUGACUUGAAUAACAGUGUUUGUGCCGAGUUGACCAAGCUCCGGACCUCUAAUGAAAGACUCCAUUUUGAAUUGUUACAAUGUCAAAACUAUAAUGAAGAAUUGACAGCUUUGAUAGACGAAAAACAGGCAACAAAUGCAGUCACUACGCGGGAGUUAGUCGAUUUGGCCAAAGAGAGCAGUCGGCAAUACUAUGAGCCACAAAUAGAAGCGCUUAAGAGAGAGAUAGAGGAGUUGAAAGAAGAAUAUGAGGAAAUUAUAAGUGAUUUGAAGGAACAAAUGGCCAUGGGACCGAAAGGAUUCAAGAUUGACCAACUUAUGACUGAAAUUGCUACAUUAAAGGAAAAAUUAACGGCCGAAGAGUUUGCGCGUGCGAGAGCCGAAGAAGAAAUUCAGCAUUUACGAGCCUGUAUUGAAGAGAGGGAUGGAAAUGACGAAGUAUCAAACAGCGAUAGCAUAUCCAUAACUGAGUCCGAUAGUGAAGAGGAACAGGACGAAUUGUGCAAUGAAAGUCUCGAACCGACAUUUAAAAAAGAAGAUAUUAAUAGGACUAGAUUACUUCGACAAAGUCUAGUAAUUGAUGUAGAUAAUGGAACGGACAAUGUUUCGGAUUUAGAUGAAACAUUAAAAGAUGAUAGUGACGAAUCAAGUGAUGAUGUAAUGACUACAUGUAAAAAAAAAAUAUCUCAUGAUUUGGAAAAUGAAGAAUGCAAUUUGGACCUUGUCAGUUUUAAAUCGGGUAACAAAGGCCCUUUCUUUUUUAAUGAAGAUAAUGUAAUUCCUAAGAAAACAGAUGCUAGGGGAACAUAUUGUGUCACUUCAAAUGACCAAUCAAAUAAAGCAAUUGAAUCAUCCAUAGAUGAAGGCUUUCAGUGUGACAAUGAGGUUGAUGAUGUACCGGAAAUCCUCUUUAAGAAAAGUAUUUCCCUUGCCAAAACGGUUACUGACAUUAAAAACACAUUUAGAAAUGAUUCGUUAGCUCAGUUCGAACAAUUCGAAAUGGAAACAAAUAAUUGUAAUCCUGCAGAAUCAUUGUCGCCAAAUGAAUUUGGUAAAAAUUUACCCAGUAACACCAAAGGUUUCUUUUAUGAUAGUGAAAAACAUUCUGAACUGGUCAUUACUAAUAUAGAUGAUGAGAGGUCACCAUCGAUCAUUCAAGAUGACGUGAAUGACAAUUAUGAGCCCAGUAUGAUUAAAAAGCUUUUGAAAAAGAAAUUUGUUGCUCUACAUGAAAACCCCGAGCAUUUAAAUAUAGACCAAGAUACACUUAAAGUGAACAAAGAAACAGAGUUCAAGGAAAGUUUCGACUGUGUAAUUCUAAAACAUUCAUUUGAAGCUUCUCAAGAAUCUGUUGAUUUAUUUGAAUCACCACGUCCAGGGAAUACAGAAAUUAUUCUCAGCGAUAAGCAUAACAAGCCUAGAGAUAAUAUUGAAUCCUUAGAAAGCCCUAAAAAUUUACAACGAGAGAAAUCUCAAGAGUCGAGUAUGAAUAAAACUAUCCCUAGCUUUCCCUCAUUAGAAAAAGAUAACAUAAAUAAAAAAAGCGAAACUGACAACAUUAUCGUAGAAAACAUACGAAAACUGAGUAUAGUCGAUGUUUCUCACAUUGAGGAAGAAACAGCAAAUGAUAGUAAAAAAGAAACUAUUGUUAUCGAAAUAGACGAAAAGGAAUUAAAAAAUCGCCAAUCCCUUUCACCGUUAAUCGAAACAAGUCGUGAAAUCGAAACUACGACUAAACCAAACAUUCUAGAAGAUGAAAUAAAAACAGAAUCACAUAUUUCAAUUGAUGAUGCAUCAUUAAAUGUUAAACAUUCUUUACCUAAACCAUGCGAUUUGUUUAAAGUACCAUUACUAUUAAAAGAUAAUACCAAAUUGGAGAAGGUAAAAGAACAUUCAAAAAAUACCAAUGAUGAAAAGACAUCAAAUGACAUAUCAAUUGCAAAUGUAACUAUUAACAAUACUUUAGACGCCUUUGAGGAUAUUUACAAGAAUAUCACCUUGCCACGUGUGACCGAAUUUGAUUUAUUGGUAUCCACCAUUGAAGAGAAAGCCCCACCCCCACCGGAGGCUAAAACAAAAUAUAAUUUAAGACAGAAAUCUAUUAAAACCAGAGCUCAACAUACUAAAGAAGAAAUAGUUCAGUUAGGAAAUAAUACAAAUGAUCAGGAAGAGGUUAAAACAUUUGAUGGCAAUGAUGAAAUACUGGUUGAAACUCAAGCAAAAUGUGAAUCAAAGCCAAAACGAAAUCUUAGACUGCGCCGGCGCAAAGACGACGGUGAACUAAAAUUUAAGGACGUAGCCAAUUUGCAAGCUGAAUUUAGUGACGUUACUAUGAAUUUGCCUGCGCCAACUAAACUGGUAGAAGAUAUUCCUUCGCCUGUAAAAGAUGAUGAAGAAAACAUAUCUCCAAUACUAGGCAUACAAAGCUGUCCAUCCAAAUCUGUAACUCGCAGCCGAAGAAAGCUGUUUACUCCAGGAGCAGAGGCGCUUGAGGAAACAUGUCCACAGACCGUUGACGGUGGCGAACAAAUUCGCGUUCCGCGACCGUCUUACCACCGACCAAGAGCUCGUAGAAAGCUUUGAAAAAUCUAAUACAUUCUUACCUAGUUUGGUACUGGUAACCCAUUGGUGACAAUUAUGUUAAUUUUACUUUACAACAAUCUGACAACUGUAGAUUUUUUUUUAGAAUUAAAGCUAUUUUUUAUUAUAAAGUGAAAUUGUGUAAGAAACUAGUUGCAUAUGUGUACUUUUAACUUAAUAUGGCGAAUUAUGCAUCCUUCAUUAUCUAUGUAUUAUCAUAAAUAAAUAAUGUUAUGUUCUCUUGUUUUUAAAUAAAACUAAAAUGUUUAACAUUUUUAAUUAUAUUCCUUAAAACGGUCCACACUAUGGCUACAAAGUAGUAUGUACAAGAGGGAAUUGUCAUGUCUAAACAAACCAUGCAAUUAAAAGUGAUUAAAUAAAUAACAGUUUCAUAUGGA